CGGAAGAUGUCGUCCAUUCGCCAUUCAUUCAUUCAUCACAAUCCGUCCGCUCGUCACUUGUCCAGGUCUGCCUCCCACUGCUCCAGCCUGGCAGCCCCCUCCCCCCACCUCUGGCCUUCCUCACUCCCCUCCCCCGCUCCCUCGCGCCACGCACACACCUUCCUGCACAAACUCCGCACCAGCAGCCGCAGCGACCCGAGAUCACCUGCAGGCGGGCCCUUCGGUGGCCGCCCGCCAGCCAUCCCAGUCUCUGUCUUCGUCUUUUUCUCUUGGUCAAUCUGCUGAGCAAGGCGGAUCAGCGCCUCUGUUGAUGUGAGCAGCUGAUCGAGAAAGCCCCCUGUGCCGCCGGGCGAUGGGGGCUGUGUUGAUGUAGACGACUGCAGAGUGCGGCACUCCUUCAUGCGGUAGCUGUAGGCCGUUGAGGGGUCGGCCAAGUGGUCCUCGUGUAGCUCGCCGAGGAUGCGCCAGAGAGGGGCCUGGGCGGCUGGUGUGGCCGAUAUCCGCCCAGCCAGGUCGUCAAGGAAGCCCACAUAGGUCUUGAGCAGCUGCCCGCUGCUGCCCUUGCCAUCAUCCGCCUCAUCCCCUUUCACUCGGCUCGUGACGAGACCGGUCAGCCCCUUGACGAGAUCGAUCUUGCCGAGCUCCUCGAGCCGCCCGAGAGCCAGCAGCUGCCUCGCCCCCUCCACCGCCCCCCAGGCAUCCUCACACCUCAUGGCGAUCAGCAUCUUGUUGUCGGCAACUCGCCAGUUCUGAGGCGCCCGCUUGGCUGCCUCCUCGAUCGCCAGCCGGGCCUCGCUCACGCUGCCCCGAUUGAGGUGCACGCCGGCAAGGUUGGCCCACGCCUCGUGGCUCUCAGGGUCGAUGGCGACGACGCGUGCGAAGGCCUCGAGCGCCUCGUCCCACCUCGCCAGCCGCAUGCAGGCACAGCCCUUGGUGAACCAUGCGUUGACGUGCAGGGGAUUGAGCGCCAGGGCCUCGGUGAAGCACUCGACUGACCGGGGAAGGGAUUCCGCACCCUGGCUGAAGAAAUGCCGCCCCAGCGACCGCAUGGCCCGGGCGUAAUGGUGGUUGGAGAGACGCCACGCCUCUUCGUAGCACUGCGGGUCGCGCGUGACGUCGCCGAGACUGCACCAGAGGGGCGGGGUGGGCUUGGCCGCCAGCCGCUCACGCAGCAGCUUCUCGGCCUGCUGCUCACGGCCGGCAGCGAUGAGGCACUCCAGGCCCUCCUCCCACAUAUGGAGGGACGCAAACCGCUCAAAGGCCGACAGCAAGGCACCAGUGCGACGCAGGUGGCGUGCGGCCUCCCGGUGGGCUUCCCAUCGGCUGGGGUAGUCGACACAAUGGACGAAUGCCAGCCGAUGGGAUGGUGGGGGGGUCGGGUCGUCGUACUGGUCGAUGAGGGCCUGCAGCUGGAGGCAUGCGCGGUCCAUGGUCUUGGUCCUGUGCAGCUCGGACCGGCUGCGGAAGUAGAGGCCGGCAGAGUACACCAGCCAGUUGGCCGACAGCUGAGAGCCUUCCUGUCCACUAGGGGGGGCAGAGGGGAGCACCAGACACCUGAAGAAACGAAAGCAAGACAUCAGCUGGCUCACUGACUCCCCACACCCAUCCCUGUUUUGCCCACCGUUGCACAAGGGCGUUGAGCUCCUCGGCCGCCAGCUCGUCACCCACAGGGGCGCUCUCCAGGAUGGAAGCACACCUUGUGAGCAGCAGCGCCUGCUCGAGAGCGGUCAGAGGCCUCUCGAUUGACCCAUUCUCCCCGCCUUCCCCCGCUAGCAGCCGCGGCCGCUCCAGGAUGUCCGUAUCGGGGUCCAAUUCGGUGAGCUUCACGUCCUGCACCUCGCCAGCCUCUUGCCCUUGAGACGACCUGGCUCCAUUGUCGGCUGCUUGGCUCUUGGUGAGGACCACCAGCUGCGGCAGUGCGUUGGUCUGAUACUGUCGCCUGAUGCCCCUCGCACCCGUGAUGCUGAACUCGAAACCGGCAAUCGAACAUGCGCGGGAGGCGGCGCGGGUGUAUGGCUUGGUGCGCCCGUAGAAGGCCAGUCGGAGUGCCAGCUCGAGGACGAGGGCUGCCUGUGCCUCGCGAGAUAGGGGCAGGUCAGAGGCGACCUGAGGAGCGGAUGUAUCAUCUGAAAGGCACCCACCAUACGAACACGAACAGCUGUGAGAGAAGGAAGCACUCCAUCCGUGUGCCAUGCACUCUUGUACCUUGAUCGAUAGCAUCCAUCUUGACCGAGAAAGACUCGGUGAGAAGCCCCAGUCGCUUCAGUGCUUCACUCCCAUCUUCAAGACACCUCUUGACCAGUGUGGGUGCAGGCGACCUCGCCCCGCCCAGCAGGCUCCUCUGCCACACAAACGCCAGCCGCCCGCUCCACACCGCAUGGGACGCCAUGUCAGCGACACACGGCACGUCCAGCAGCUCCCGCGCCGCCCACAGGUAGGGCACUCCAAGGGCGCGCUCGUAGAUGAGUUCGCCGUCGACAGCCAUGUCGUCCACCAGGGCCCUGAGGGAGAACGGUGUGUCGAUGGCGGGGAGUGCAGGAUCUCCCAGCACGCACACGUCGGCGAACCGCUGAGGGGGUGGGCCGUCGAUGAAUGGCCGCUGCUUGGCCUCGUUGAGCCGCUCGCUGUCACGCUGAGGGGCUUCUGGCGGGCCUGUCCAGCUGCUCUGGAGAAACACCGACAGCAUCAGAUGAGCGCAUCCCAGCACCGCAACUUUUCUGGCGUCCCUCUCGUCAUCCGCUGCGCACUCCUCGCCUCGAAUGAAGGUCUCGCAGUCGCUGCGGAUGCUUGCUCGCAGCUGUGAUGGGGAGGGGAUGGCAGAUCUGUCGUCAGGGGGGCUCCGGUGAAGGCUCCUGAGGAUCUGGUGGGCCAGUGGGGCUGUGAAGGCGUCCAGCAGGCGGCCGCCGUGGCUGACGAGGUGCAUGAGCUCAUGGAGUUGCGAGAUCGUUGGGCAUGCGGGGGUGGCAGUGGCUGUACUGGCCUCCCAGACAGCCUGCGGCUCCAGCAGCUUCGCUUCGAGAGACUUCAUCCUUAAUCGCC